AUGGAUUUAUUUGGUGUUUUGUUAAUAAUGUUUUAUAUGUUUUCAGCUUUUGGUUAGCAUAUUUUCGGAGGAAAAAUGACUUAUAAUUAUGAAGAGUAAAUAAAUUCUUCUUUAUAUACAACUCAUUAUGUAUAAGCCCAUGAAAUAAUAUCUGAAACUAAAUUA